AUGGCCAGUAAACAACUCGGAAAACUCAGACAAUGGGCAGGAGAAGUCAUCUCGACAUCUAAGGACAAGACAACCGUCUCAGACGAGUUCAAGGAGCUCGAAAAGGAUGUGGAACGAAGGAGAGACGGCGCCCACAGGCUCGUUUGGUCGUGUACUCCAAGCAUUGUCACUUAUUCGGCCCCCAGGCUGUUUCUCGCCUCUGAAGCAUACCAUCGAGCGCUCUCAAAGCGAAAAGACAAUGCCGCCCUCGACGACUCAGAGAAGCUCUUGCCUAUUGAAACGCUCGGCAUCGUCAUGGUUAUUCAUGGUGAAGAGUUCGGGGAAGAUUCUCCCUUUGGCGGAGCUCUGGUCUCUCUCGGUCGAGCGCAAUGUAAAAUCGCGAAGUUCCAGGAAAGCUACGCUCAAUCAUUCGCGGAUAACUUUAUGAGCUCCUUGACGCGGUUCGCGGAUGAUGUCAAAGAGUAUGAGGCUUUGCGAAAGAAGCUUGACAGUAGACGUCUGAGUUACGACGCGGCGAUCUCCAAGUAUGAGAAGCUGAAGAAUGGCAAGAAGGACAAGGAUCGGGAGCGGAGAGAUGCUGAGGAGGAUAUGAACCACGCUAAAAUGCGAUAUGAGGAAACCACCGACGAAGUUGAGGCUCAUAUGCAUGCAAUUCAAGAGAAUGAAACUGGCCAAUUGCGCGAGCUCGGCGCAUUCCUGACUCUGCAAAUCAACUUCGUGGAACAGUAUCUGGAGACAUUGAAGGAAACGAAGGAUAACUGGCCUGGAGACAAGCAUACGCCCAGUUUUCCGCGACAGAAACCGAGUACUCCGCGUCGAAAGUCUUCUACGCCCGCGCCAGCUCCCCCUCCAAGACCUUCUUCUUCAUCUGAAGAUGAAUCUGAACGCACACCAAGUCGGCCACCUUCUCGCCCUGCUUCACGCUCUUCUCGCAAGCGCUCAGAUAGUACGGGUACUGCUGGCGGUGACAAACGACGGCUCAGUGUUGCUGGGUGGGCAUCAACUGCUGUCGGCUCGGUUACGGGCCGGGGUAGGAAAAACAAGGACAAGGACGCGUUUGCGAGUUUAACAGACGACCCGGACCGCGACUCUUCUGGACCCGGCGGUGAAUCAGACAGCAGUGGAAUUGCAGGGCUUGGUCGGCGCAAGUCUGCAUCGUCAACAAAGGGACAAACGACUCCGAAACUUCCAUCCCGCAUUCUCAAGCCUCCUUCUGCGUCUCUGGCAAACCGCAAGACAGUUCGGGCGUUGUACGACUUUUCUGGUGGCUCAGACGAGCUGUCAUUCAACGUUGGUGACACAAUCAUUGUUAUCAAUGAAGUCCUCGACGGGUGGUGGAUGGGAGAGCUAAACGGAAAGCAAGGGCUUUUCCCCACUCCCUAUACGGAGCCGAUCUCGUCAGAUGUUCCUCCACUUCCAAGACGCCCGAAUGGAUUAGGACUGAAUCUCGAAUCUGAAGAUGACAACCCUGAAACCGAGGACGAUUAUGAACACUAUGGUCGGCCGAUGGCGGUAUUGUCACCGACCACAAGCAGCCCAUUCUAUGGGGGCUCUGAUGCUGCCAGCAUUGUCAGUAGUGUUGCUGAUGAUGACGAGAAGACGCCGUUCUCGCCCCCACCGAUGCCACGGAGGUCAACAACGAGUGAUUUGGCCGGGGGAAAGAAGGCUCCGCCGCCACCCCCACGUCGUUCAGCGACAGCGAUGACAACAGCCAGUCCCCGAAUUCCUGAACGUCGACCUGGCUCUCGACCGCCUUCUGCAUCAGGCUUCGGUUCUGUUGGCCGUAGCGGCGGGGGCUAUUUGUCCGCUUCCGCCUCCUCGGAGAGCAGUGGUUAUGACCGGUCUCCGUUCGACAGUGCGACAGAACUGUCUGAAGCAUAUGGACCUAGCGCCAAUGGCUGCGCAGACUUUAAGCAGAACCCGUUCAAACCGAAGGGGAUGUGCAGUAACUGUUUUGAACUCCAUGCUUGA